AUGCACAUAUUUGUUUCAUUUCCUGUUGAUGAAGAGGUCAGUGACGAGCUAAUUCUGUCAAAUGUUCGAAAGGGCCUUGGGUCUUUAGGGAAAGACUGCGAUCUGCUUUCUUUUCCUAAAAUAGAAAGUGACUCCAUUGACUGUCUCUUUGAUUCGGAAGAGCGAAUCCUCACAAUAGAGAAUCUUUUGGAGGACAUCAUUAGAAAGUACAACACAACUUAUCAUGCACUUACGCAGAAGGUUUUAGUUGACACUGAUGUUCUUGGGAGGGGCUUUGACUACUUUCUUAAGUCUUUUUCGUGGGAUUCUAUAAAAUACCCUCUGACGCUGAAAAUGCCAGAGCUUCUUUCAAUUAUAGAGAAUGAAAUAAUGGAGGCGAUAGAGGCGUUGAAAGAGAAGGAGAAGACGUACACAGAUGAAAAAAAGCACCGGGCAGAGACGGCAUCUACAGUUUGCCGGAUGUAUGAUGCAGAUAUAGACGAGAUAGAGCACAUGGCUGUGGAUGAUGAUGAGGCUUGCGGGCCUUUUUUCAAGAGAUACUACAUUGGUGUAUAUGAUAAGCUAAGGGAUAAAGACAUAGAAACACUUUCAAGCAUAAAUGGCUUAUUUAUAGAGUCUGGGAAGAUGGUCAAAAAGUGCGAUGAUGGUGAGAUAUACCAGUCACUCGGCAGGAAUGACUGCGAGGAGGAUAUCAUAAAAAGCCUGGAAGAGCACGGCUUCAUUGCUGCACAGCCCAAGCACACAAAGGAAGAGUACUUGCGCCAGAAGGAAGAAGAAAAAGAAAGUGCUGCACAUCUCAUGGAAACAGAGUGCGAGUACGAACGGCUUAUUCUGGGACGGCUUCCUUCUUUGUAUACUCUUCUGCUGCAUGUCAAGCACCUUGGGCUUUAUAUAGAGUCUGUGCUGCGGUACGGCCUUCCUGCAACCUUCUGUUUUUUCACACUUGAGAGUAAGCACGGGAAUAAGGUAAUACAUAAGUGGAAAAAACUGGCAGCCUCCUGGAAAUAUUCUAAUAGAAUAGCAGCGGUGGAAAAGACAACCAUCUCAGAAGACAAUGCGGCUCUGCAUGAUUUUGUAUACAAAAUGAUCGGAGACUUCAAUUUGGAAGAGAUUAAAGAAUAAAGAUCUUACAGGAU